AUGGGCGUGGGGAUGGGUCUGGGUCUUGGCCUGGGCCAUGGCCACGGCACCACCGGCACCCUGACGCCGCACGGCGUGGCCACCGCCACCUCGCCCACCGCCCACUCGGCGCCGCUGGGCAACAUCUGCAACACGCUGCCGCACGCACCCAGCUCCUCCUCCGGCGGCGGCGGCGGACUGUCCGGCAACCUGCCGCUGAACCGGAACCUGGUGAUGCUGCGCAACCACCUGCGCAAGAACACGGGCAGCAGCACCGCCGGAAACGGAGGAUCAGGAGCCUCCGGCGUGGGAGUGCAGCUGCUGCAGGAUCAGGACGACCGACUGGAGGAUCAAUAACCCAUUUACUACAUCAAGUUCUUAGUUUAGUCUCCCGUUGAGUUAAGUGUAUUUCAAUUGCUGUGAUUCGAUAGUGAAAACAAAAGGCCAACACGCGUCUUUCAGUUCAAAUGUAUAGUAUGUAUAGAGAGAGAUAGACAGACAGUUAGGGAAAGAGAGCGGGAUAGUGGGAAAAGUAGAGAGGGAUGGACGUGUGGAAAUUAAGAUGGAAAUGGGGAGCAGAGUUAGUCAGAGUCAGUCAAUCCUUCCUCCGAUAAUGUUGGCAUUUACAUAUGAGAUAUACAACACCUAUAUAUAAAUACAGACUUAUUAUAUAUUAUACAUACACAUCUGCAGAAAAAGAGAAAUUUUAUAUACUUAGUGACGUAACGAAAACGUUUCGACUAUUCUCAGUUGGCCUCAAGCUAUUGUAUUGAACGAGACUCGUUUGAUUUGCCAUUUGUUUACUGUUUAAUUGCCUUGUGUAUGCAUAAUUCUCAACGUGAUAUUGUGAAAACGUCCAACUUGAAUUGCAUUUUACAUAGAUUCAUUUCCAGCGUUUUAAUAGCAGACACACAUAGAAGUUGAUUCCUAUUUUAAGGCGCCAAUUGGGGGUGCGAGCAAUAGACCAAUUCAAUUUUAACAACAAAACGAAACAAAUAUUUAUACACAAAACAAAAUGAAGUGAAAUGAACAUAAGUAGAAGAACAGAACACCAACUGCCAUUCGAAACUAAUUUUAAUUUGUUAAACUCGUAUAAGGACAAUGUAAAGGGAACGAAAGCAUCCGUCAGAAACUUGUAAAAAUAAUGCCGAAAAUUGCCAAAUCGAGCAAAAAACAAUGUACGCUAAGCAAUAUUUUCAAAUCGUAGCGAGUCGUGUCCGGAUCGUGUGUACAUAUAGAGGAUUGCGAUCCAUUUAGGGUUUAUUAUGCCACUUAUAGAAGAUAUCAAACGUAUCCACUAUGAGCGAUUUAGCGAUAAUCAAAAGCAGACAAUGAAAUUAGUCAGGCAGCGCAAAUGUUUUUAAUCAGUUUCCAUCAGUUAGUUAAAUAAAUGAGAAAUAUUUAUCAAGGCACAAAACUACGAACAACAUAUUAAAAUUUAAACUGAUUAAAGUACAUACACAUAGCAUAACCUAGCGUAGAGCAUACGAUUCUUACAUAGCAAUCGACUAAAUGUAAAUGAGUUUAUUCGGAAAACGCUUUGACUUCUACUCAGAACGUAAUUAAACCUGAACAUAUUUUGUGAACAUAAGAUAUCGAUAUUCGUAUUGUAACUCAAUUAACUUUAAUCGCAAGUAAAUUAAAUCAAAUUUAAACGACAAACAAAUCGCACGUGUUACAGCCAGACGAAGAUAAGAUUAGAGAGACGGAUAUAUUGUGAGGGGAAGAGGAAUACUGAAUUAUAGGCAUUUUUUAAAUAAAACUAUCCAAAUUACGUUUAAGUGUUUCAACUGUAAAUUGUAACAAAGUCAGCAGAAGAAUAUUUAUAUAUUUAGUGACGAAACGAGAAGCAAACAAACAACAAACGAACACAACCACACAGCAUGUGCUAGCAUUUUCUAAUUAUCACUGUAAAAUGAUGUAAUUUAAAGAAUGAAUAUAUAAGCAAUAUUAAAGUUUAACCUUACAAGGAGCCACAAAAUUGAUCAUUAAGUCAACACAUUACAAUUGCAAAUUGCAAAACCAGUAAAUUCCAAUACACAAAGUAAAACGAGAGCGCAAACUAAAGUAUUCAGAGUUCAGUAAAUUUUAGAAGAAAUUUUCAGAAAAACCAAAACGAAGUGGAGAACGAUGAUUCAUGUUUAUGCAUAAAUCAAAGCAAAAUUCUUUAAAUAAAAGUGAACAUAUCUAAAAAGUAAA